AAAGUCUCCAACUUUACUAUUCAAGACUGCAACAGUCGCAGCUGCCCUACCACGAGGCCCACAACACCAAACCUCACCGUCCUCCGCCGUUCACUGGACUAGAAUUGAGGUGGGCAUUUGCACUGACUUAGCCCAAAGAUGGUACCUUGGGCCAUGUUCAGCCAGUCCCUCUAAAUCCAAUCCUUUGAGUGAGGGAGCAAACGACGUCGUUGGAUAACACAUUUUCAUCCUCUUUGUCCACCACCCUCCAGGUCCUAAACCAAACGCAGAAGGAGCUCCUAGUUUGAGCAGCAGGUUUAAGAGCAAAGGAAGGAACGAAGAAAUCGAGCAAUCGAAGAAGAAGGAAAGAACAAGUAUUAGAAAAGAAAACAAAUUGUUCAGAGAAUGUUCUACAGAGGUAGAUAUCCUGAUGGUGGCGAUGGUCGUGAAAUGGGUGCAAAACGUCAGCGGUUACUUGAUCAGGGUCCUUCAUUCUAUGGAACUUCCUCUGGUUCAAGUUUUAUGUACAAUCCACCACCUUAUGGAUAUGUUGCCCAGCCUCCACCUUUCCCUGUUGUCCGACUCCGUGGACUCCCCUUUGAUUGCACAGAAACUGAUGUGGCUGAGUUCUUCCAUGGUCUGGACAUAGUUGAUGUUCUUUUUGUCCACAGGGGUGGCAAGUUCACUGGUGAAGCUUUUUGUGUUUUGGGUUAUCCUCUUCAAGUUGAUUUUGCUCUUCAAAAGAAUAGGCAGAACAUGGGCAGGCGAUAUGUUGAGGUUUUCAGAAGUAAGAGACAGGAUUAUUACAAGGCAAUUGCAAAUGAAGUUUCAGAUGCUCGUGGUGGUUCACCAAGGCAAAAUGCUCCGAGGGCUAAAUCUUAUGACGAGGGGAAGGACUCAGCUGAACAUACAGGGGUAUUACGGUUGAGGGGACUGCCAUUUUCUGCUGGCAAGGAUGACAUAAUGGAGUUCUUCAAAGAUUUUGUGUUGUCAGAGGAGUCGGUUCAUAUUACAAUGAACUCAGAGGGGAGGCCAACUGGGGAAGCAUUUGUGGAAUUUGCAAGUGCUGAAGAUUCAAAAGCAGCAAUGGCUAAGGAUAGGAUGACUCUAGGAAGUCGUUAUAUAGAAUUGUUUCCUUCGUCAGUUGAGGAGUUGGAAGAACAAGUUACAAGAGGCCGGUGAUGUUUGCUUCUGUAAUUUGUACUACCGGUGAUGUUCUUGCCUCAUUGUUUAAAUUUUGCUUCAUUACUUUUCAAUUAGUAUGGUUUUGCUGUUGUUUUGCGUUUCAAUGUUUUUUCUCCCUCCUGUUCCUUAGAAUUCCAAAGAAGAACCUAUGCUAUUUAGUCAAAUUUUCUUUUUUUGUGUUCGUUUGUCUAUAAGUUAAUCAUAGCUUUGACAAAA